GUAGCACAAGACAAGAAAAGCAAAAUGAUUGAGCCCAUAGGGAAUCAAUAUGUUGUGUCCAGACAAGUAUACUCACAAAAUGCUUUUAAUGAAGAAUACAAGAAGAUGAAAAGAAGCCAUAAGACUAUUUGGAACAAUAUCAGGAUGUACUUUAGGUGCUCCUCACAAAAGGCCAAGAAUAUUGCCUUUUCUUUGUUCCCUAUAGUCUCUUGGUUACCAUCCUAUCGAAUAAAAGAAUGGCUGCUCAGUGAUAUUGUUUCUGGUGUCAGCACUGGGCUGGUGUCUGUACUGCAAGGUCUGGCUUUUGCUUUGCUGGUAAACGUCCCCCCAUCUUAUGGACUUUAUGCAGCCUUUUUUCCAAUGAUAGUCUACCUCUUCUUAGGAACUUCUAGACACAUAUCUGUUGGUCCCUUUCCAGUUCUGAGCAUGAUGGUAGGAGCAGUAGUUGUGGCUCAGCAAGGCAACAGCAACAUAAAUGGCACUGAAACUGCUGGGAAUAGUUCAUUAUUAGAUGAGGAGAAAGUAACCAUAUCUGCUACCAUCACCUUGCUAGCUGGAAUUAUUCAGCUGAUCAUGGGAAUAUUACAGAUUGGAUUCAUAGUUAACUACUUUUCUGAGUCACUAAUCAGCGGCUUCACAACAGCUGCAGCAAUUCACGUUUUGGUGUCCCAGCUAAAAUUUAUGCUCCAGAUCUCAGUCCCUUCACACACUGAUCCUUUUUCAAUUUUCAAAGUUCUGGAAUCUAUCUUUACAAAUAUUGAGAAGACUAAUAUUGCAGAUCUUGUGACAUCCCUCAUAAUAUUGGUAAUUGUGUCCACAGUUAAAGAAAUAAAUACUAAGUUCAAAGAUAAACUUCCAGCACCCAUUCCAAUUGAACUCAUUCUGACAGUCAUUGCAGCAGGCGUGUCCUAUGCUUGUGAUUUAAAAGGCAAAUUUGAUGUGGCAGUGAUUGGUGAAAUGGAAAGUGGAUUUAAGGCACCCAUUACACCUUCUUUGAAGGUAUUACAAACUGGAAUUGGCGACGCCUUCUCCAUUGCAAUCGUUGCAUUUGCGGUGGCAUUUUCUGUUGCAAGUGUAUAUUCUAUUAAAUAUGAUUAUCCCAUUGAUGGAAAUCAGGAGUUAAUUGCUUUUGGAGUGGGAAACAUCUUUGGUGGGGCAUUCAGGGGAUUUGCUGCAAGCACUGCACUCUCGAGAUCAGCGAUUCAGGAAAGCACAGGAGGCAAAACUCAGAUUGCCGGGUUAAUAUCUGCUGUGAUUGUUCUGAUUGUCAUGAUGGCCAUUGGAUUUCUUCUGGAACCAGUACAAAAGUCUGUGUUGGCAGCUUUAUCUCUUGGAAAUUUAAAGGGGAUGCUGAUGCAGUUUAAAGACGUGCCCACUUUGUGGAAAAAGGACAAGUAUGACUGUGUAAUUUGGGUUUUUACCUUCCUAGCUGCUGUUAUCCUGGGGCUGGGAUUGGGGCUAGCAGCUAGUGUGGCAUUCCAGCUCCUCACCAUUGUGUUUCGGACUCAGUUCCCACAAUGCAGCACAUUAGCCAAUGUUGGAAGAAGCAACAUCUACAAGAAUAAAAAAGAUUACCCUGAUAUAUAUGAGCCAGAGGGAGUCAAGAUUUUCAAAUGUUCAGCUCCUAUCUAUUUUGCAAAUACUUCUUUCUUCAGGAGGAAACUUUUUGAAGCUGUUGGUUUUAAUCCAGUUAGAAUUUUACGAAAGCGCAACAAAGCUCUGAAGAAAAUCCGAAAGAUGAUGAAGGAGGGACUUUUGCAAAUUACACCAAAAGGAUUUAUAGUAACUGAUAGCAAGUUCACAAACAUUUAUGAUAACUCUGAUGAGAAGAUAGAAGAAUUGGAUCAGCCUAUCAUGACUGCAGAUCUACCAUUUCAGAUAGACUGGAAUGGAAACCUCCCUGUCAACUUUGAAGUUCCCCAAAUCAACCUCCACAGCCUCAUUCUUGAUUUUUCAGCUGUAUCAUUUCUGGAUGUUUCUUCCAUGAGAAGCCUUAAAUCGAUUUUACAAGAAUUUCUCAGGAUUGAAGUAGAUGUGUAUAUUAUUGGGUGUGAUGAGGAUUUUGUAGAAAAGCUUGAGUGUUGUGGCUUUUUUGACCAAGAAGUCACUAGCUCAAUGUUUUUCCUGACAAUUCAUGAUGCUGUUUUGCACAUUUGGAUGAAAAAGGACUACUUUAUUUCAAAGUCUGACCCCAAUCAGGAUAAUGAAAGUAAAGAUCAUUUUAUUAUAAACACAAAUGGAGGACUACGCAAUAGAGAACGGGUAUCUGAAACAAAAUUUUAAUCCAAAUAGAAUUCAGAGGAUUCUUCAUCAGACUGUCUGGUAGAGAACAAUUUUAUAUCUAGAGAAUCAUCAAUAAAUUCAUACAUCGUAUGAAGAAUAUUUUUACUAUAUGGAAUUGUUUCAAUCUUUGGAACAAGAUUAUUUUAACACAGCAUAUUUUUCACAUAUCUAAUGUAAAAUGAUAUAAAUACUCAAUGUUUUAUUUUAUAGAUUUCUCUGGAAAAAUGAAAUAAUUGUAUACAUAUAUAUUUGUAUUUAUAUAAUACUAAUGGAUUCUAACCCAAGUCACUGCCUUUAUGCAUAAGGGUUUUAUACAAUGCAUUUACACAACUGCUUUGGAUUCUGUAAUUUAUAAACCUUCAUAAUAAUGCAUUUACACAACUGUUUUGUGUUCCAUAAUUCAUAACCCUAACCUUAAAA